UUCCGGGUUAUGCGGAAGUCGCGGAACCUACGGAUCCGUCGCUUCAUUACUUCUUAUUCUUAGGUGUGCUUAAGAGCUGAGCUAAUGGCUUCGUCUUCCUCCUCCUCGGGAGCAGCAGUGGCCGAGAUUACGGCCUCCCCGGUUUCCAGCGGUAAAAUCACGGCGUCUGCUUCCCAAUCCCGGGCGAAGAAGCGACCGGCCAGCCCCGCUGUCGGUCCCUGCCAAGGGGCGGGCAGCAGCGGGAACAGCAGUAAGAAGAAGAAGCUGAGCUUCACCCCCUCUGGCCCCCAGGGGCAGGCUCCGUCCCUGGAUUCUCCUGCCGACCCAAAGGCCGCCGCCCCCUCGGAGCAAGCGGCACUGGAGUCCUGCGUUGCUGCCAAACCACAGCCCUUUAAGGAUCCCAGUUUCGUGCACUCUGGGAUUGGUGGGGCAGCCGCGGGCAAGAAAAACCGCACGUGGAAGAACCUGAAGCAGAUCCUGGCUGCGGAGAAGGCCCUACCGUGGCAGCUGAACGACCCCAACUAUUACAACAUUGAUGCCCCUCCCUCUCUGAAACCAGCCAAGAAGUACUCUGACAUCUCUGGGCUUCCGGCCAGCUACACAGACCCCCAGACGAAGCUGCGCUUUGCUUCCAGUGAGGAGUUCUCCUAUAUCCGCCUGCUGCCCUCGGACGUGGUGACGGGCUACCUGGCCCUUCGCAAGGCCUCCUGCGUGGUGCCCUGAGGGUCCCGCCUCCUGGAUGUGACUCAUCCAGCCUGAUACCCAGCGUGCUGAUGCCAUUCUGCCCCUUAGGGAUGUCGGGUUUGUGGACGAUUUGGACUGAUGACAUUGGGGGUGGGAGAAGAGCUGUUUUUAUCUCACGGACCUUUCACGGAGAACCCUCCUUUCAAGUAAAUGCAUUGAGUUCUGUUUUCCUGGCAUUUAGAGGCUGAAGAAUUUAGUUUGUGAGCUAAUUACAAUCCUAGUUCCACUAUUAUCAGCCAGAAUCUUGUUCGCGGAAAUGUAUUACCCAUUUCUAGUGUAAAUUUUGUCCUCCCCCCCUCCGUACGCUUAGGGAGCACUACAGGCAUGGUGAAAGCUGUCCCUCCCAUUCAGAUUUCACCAGAGACCAGCAUCUCCUGUAAACUUACCAGCCUGUUUUUGGUGAAAGAGAAAGACAAUGCAGUGACUGCCCCUCCCCCGUUAAUUACCUUGCCUGGUCGUCAGCAUGUCCUGUGUAUAUCUUCUGUGAAGAUUAGCCGAAUUCAGGCGACUUUGUUAACAUGCUCUUAAAUGCAUUUUAAUGGCUUA